AUGGGAGCAACUGACCGCGAACCCGACUGUCACAUAUUUAGAAAUUCGAAAAACACCCGUUAUGAUAUCGAAACUAUAAAGGAGUAUAUGCAAGCGCUUGGCAGUUUUUACGAUUUUGACCACACCAAAACCCCAAAAUUAUUAACACUUCAGAAAAUCCUGGAACAGUUUCCCCAAAUUGAACAUUUUAGGCCUGGUAAUCUUAUCAAAUGGCUUGCUCCGUCCUGUGAUGAUUUAAUAAUCAACUGCAGUUGGAAAAAUGAGCAAAGGAACUGCAGCGAGCUCUUCCAGCAAAGGUUAUCCUUCGAAGGCUCCUGCUGCAUGUUUAAUUACGUUAAAAACACCGUUGAAAAUAUCAGUGAUAAUUUCCGUAAUAGAAAGAUAAUGUCUGGAGACGCGGGGAUAAACUACGGUCUUACCAUUGAGCUAAAUAACCAAAUUGAUGAUUAUUUUUACACACAACAUGCUUCUUUGGGCGCUAACAUACACAUUUUCAAUCCUGACGAUUAUCCGGACAAAAAUAGUGGCGGAUUAACUGAACAACUCGUCGGAUUGUCCAGGGAAUUUUAUAUGCAACUUGAAACGAUUGGCUUUCGGUCGGUUCCAGAGGUCAUUGAUUAUUCAGUUGAUAAGCGAAUGUGUUACUUCGAGUUUGAGAAAACCACCGCAUUCGGUCUUUAUUCCGAAAGCGACUGUUUAGUAGACUGCAGAAUCAAAAGUAUGAUCGGAUUGUGUGGUUGUGUGCCUUUUAUGAUCCCGCAAAAUCGAUCCCGAGUUUGUGGUUUUUCAGACAUGCACUGCCUUAACAAAUUCCGAAAUAAAUGGGAAUCUUUAGCUCCUCCAGACGGUUUUCAGGAAGCAUCACUACUUCGAGAAGCUCAUCAUUCUCUCAGAUGUGAGCGAUGUUAUCCAGUUUGUGAGAGUUUCUUGUAUAAUAUGGCCACAAAUAAUGAGUUUUUCCCUUCAUUUGGAAAUAACAGUCUUCUACAUAUUUAUUACGUUGACCGUUUCUCAACAAUUUACAAACAAGACAUUCAAAACUACUGGUUUGAGAUAAUAAGCAAACUUGGAAGCUUGUUUGGGCUUAUGUUAGGCGCCAGUUUGGUAAGCUUGUUAGAAAUCAUCGUUUCGUUAGCACACAAAGCUUACAAACUUUUUGAAGAAACUAAAUUUGACGAUGACUUUUGUGAAUGUUGUAUUUGGACAAUUUAAAUAAAACACUUCCACAAUAAGUUGUA